AUGGCCGACCCUGUCCAAGAUGGGACAAACUUUUACCCGGUAGCUGGUCGCUGGUCGCCUGCCUACGCUGAUCAAGACCACAUUGUCCUCCCUCCGCCUGGUCUUCCCAGCCCGGUGUAUUGUGGAACUGAACCCGCCAAUGAAGCUAGCUCCUCUGAUUCACCCCCUGUUGUGACUCCUCCCUCUUCCAACACCUCUGUCUGGCCGGCUCCUCCUUCCUCGCCUGCUACCAUCAGCCACCAUCAAAGAGCCCGGCUCUUCUGCUUCCCGUCCUAUUGUUCUUGA